AUGUCCUUUCCCCCACAUUUGAACCGGCCGCUGUUACCGCCUCCUGGGAUACCCCCUCAGUAUGCUGGCUUCCCUCCAGGAGCGCCAAUGAUCCCAGUACACAUGGGCAUCAUGACCCCCAGCCCUGUCAUAGUGUCAUCUAUGCCUGUGGUCAGCAAACCUCCAGUCCAUAGGAAGGAUGCUCUUCUGCGAAUUAAAGAUGAAGAGGCUGGCCCCACCACCACAGUGUUUGUAGGCAACAUUUCCGAAAAAGCCUCGGACAUGCUGAUUCGACAGUUACUAGCGAAGUGUGGAAUAGUCUUGAGCUGGAAACGAGUUCAGGGAGCCUCAGGCAAGCUACAAGCAUUCGGGUUUUGUGAGUACAAAGAACCGGAGUCCACACUUCGUGCUCUGCGGCUGCUUCAUGACCUGCGCAUUGGUGACAAAAAUCUUCUUGUGAAAGUGGAUCCUAAAACAGAAGCACAACUAGAUGAGUGGAAGGCCAAGAAGAAGAGUGCUAAUGGGAAAGUGGAAUCUGAUAAUGGAGACGAUCAAGAGGAGGUUCUUGAUGAGGAGACCAAGAAGAAGGAUCAAGUGGUUCAAGGUGCUAUUGACGGAUUAAUGCGGGAAUACGCUGACGAGCUCAGUGCACCUUUACAGGACGAAGACGCCCUGCGACGAAAGAGAAAAAAGGAUAAAAAAGAUGAGGUGCAAUCAACUCUUUACUUUAUUCCAUAGGAUGACCUGAACGCAAUCGAUAUGGAGGAUGACAAGAGAGACCUGAUUACCAGAGAGAUUAGUAAAUUCCGAGACACUCACAUGAAAAGGGAGGAGGAGAAGGAACAACGGGAGAAGGAGCGUCUGGAGUUUGAGCGGGAGAAGCGUGAGCGGGAAAAGGAACGUGAGCGCGAAAGAGAGAAGCGGGACCGCGAAAAGGAGAAGGAACGCGAGAGGGAACGGGAAAGGGAACGAGAGCGAGAUCGGGAAAGAGACAAAGACCGGGAGCGCCGGACCAGAGAGCGAGACUGGGAUAGGGACAGAAGCCGAGAUACGAAUUCUGCUCGCAGUCGCUCCAGGGAUUUGAGCCGGGAUCGAGAGCGAGAAAAGAAACGAGACCUUGAAGAUGAAGACGAAGUGAAUGAACGCAGGAUGCUAGAAAGGAAGCUGCGAGACAAAGAAGCAGCCUAUCAAGAGCGCCUCAAAAGCUGGGAGCUUAGAGAAAGGAAGAAAGCACGAGACUAUAGCAAAGAGGUCGAGAGAGAGGAUGAACGCCGACGAGAGAUGAUGAAGGAAGGAAAACGGCUAAAAGAAUUCUUGGAAGACUACGAUGAUGAUAGAGAUGACCCCAAAUAUUACAGGGGCAGCGCCCUGCAGAAGCGCCUCAGAGACAGAGAGAGGGAGGUGGAGGCGGAUGAGCGUGACAGGAAGAGGGAGAAGGAGGAGCUGGAAAAAAUCCGACAGAGGCUGUUAGACGAGGGACAUCCAGACCCAGACGCCGAGCUGCGCAGGAUGGAGGAGGAAGAGGAGGAGCGAAUGAGACGGCCUCCCGUCGUCCAAGAGCCGGAGCCUGAGGAGCCGCGCCACAGGGACGAAGAGGUUGAGGAGGGCGAAGAUGACGAUUACGGCGAAGAGGAAGACCCGGAAGUCAAACCCUGCCUCAAGCCCACCAUGAGGCCCAUCACGGCAGCGCCGUCAGUGUCGUCGGCCAGCGGCGACGCCUCGCCCGACGUGCCGGGUGACGAGUCGCCGUGCGGCAUCAUCAUCCCCCACGAAAACUCGCCCCUCAAUGCGCUGCCUCCGGAUGAGAACAGACCAAAGAUCGGACUGAGCCUUAAAAUGGGCGCAAGCGGAAGUCCAAGUCAGCCCAACGCAGGCAAGAGGAAGAAGCUCCCCGUCGAUAGCGUCUUCGGCAAAUUUGAUGAGGAGGAGGCGGACGAGCAGCCGCGCAAGAGGAAGCUCGUACCGCUUGACUACGACGAGGAGAAGAGCCUCGGGUCGGAUGGCGCUAAAGGGCCCAACUCGGAGGAGAAGCGCAAACACAUUAAAAGCCUCAUUGAAAAGAUUCCCACAGCCAAACCCGACCUGUUUUCCUAUCCUUUAGAUUGGUCCAUGGUGGACACGACGUUAAUGGAACGGCGUGUGCGGCCGUGGAUCAAUAAAAAGAUUAUAGAGUACAUCGGAGAAGAGGAGCCCACAUUGGUGGACUUUGUCUGCUCCAAGGUCAUGGCUCAUGGUACCCCACAGGGCAUUUUGGAUGACGUCGCUAUGGUUCUUGAUGAAGAGGCUGAAGUCUUCAUAGUAAAGAUGUGGCGGUUGCUCAUCUAUGAAACAGAAGCCAAGAAGAUUGGCCUUGUGAAAUAA